CCCUCCCACCGCCUGGACGAACGUUGGGACCGGCGCCAUUUUGUGUAGUGGCGGCCGCAUCGUCGCGCUCUGUUCGAAACUAAAAAAUACUUUAAAAUAAACACGCGAGGCGAGAGGUGGCGUAGAAAGCGAUUGAAUUAGUACGGGAAGGGACGGACAAAGAGCGAAAAUGAAGAUCUUCGUGGGUAACAUCCCGACUGAGGGCACGGUGGAGGAGUUACGCACGCUCUUCGAGUACUACGGCACGGUGCGGGAGUGCGAUAUCAUCCGGCACUAUGGCUUCGUGCACAUGGACAGUCCCGAGGAGGCGGCGCAGGCCAUCGCCGCCCUCAACCAGUACGAGCUGCACGGCCAGAAGCUCAACGUGGCCGAGUCGCGGCCUCGGCCCUCGGCGAGCGCCGCCGUCACCAAGGUCUACGUGGGCAACCUGGCGCCCAGCUGCAGCAACCAGGAGCUGCGCGCCAAGUUCGAGGAGUACGGCCGGGUGGUCGAGUGCGACAUCGUCAAAGAUUAUGCCUUUGUCCACAUGGAGAAAGAGGAAGAUGCAAUCAAAGCAAUAGCCAGCCUGGAUGGCCAGGAGUUCCUAGGGAACAAGAUUAGGGUGCAGCUCUCCAGAUCAACCUAUGGGAAAUCUGGUGGGCAGCGUGAAGUGUGUCAGCGCUGCGGAAGACAGGGCCACCAAGCACGAGAUUGUCACUCUCUCCGCUACAAUCAGUACAGCCAGUACCAGCUGGCGUCCCAAUAUUAUCCCUCUUACUAUUCAUAUUACGACUACGAUUAUGGUCACGGCUCCUAUUACGAUUAUUAUGAAGAUUACCAGACGGCCACUGCUGCCGCUAGUUACGCGACUCUCGAUUACGGGAGAGAGAGAAGCCCUAAUCGUCUUGCCUCGUCCACAGCAGCUGCCAAUAGCUGCACCCUGUAUGAGCGCACCCGCCUCUCGCCGCUCACGGUGUCAAAAUAUCAAACCGAAAAAUACAUGGACGAUAGCAUCAGUAGGUAUGUAUCUGUAACACGCAAGCCAGUGGCAACUGCGGGGCACACCUGCCUUACUUCUCCAGUGGGGACAGGGGAGAACGUUACGGCCUCGCCAGCGAAUAACGUCGCUUGUGUCACCGCUGCUGCGUGGAAUUAUGUGGCACCUGUCGAAGACACUUCCCUUGGGACUGCCCAGGUCUCGGAGCAGUAGUGCCAUGUCAGGCAUCCUGUGGGCUCCGCAGUAUGAUCAGUACGGCUACGCUUAUUCCACCGAAACCCACUAUGCCCAAUGAACCGACGAUUUCCUCCUCCUCCUCUCCUCCGCCGCCGCCGCUGUCCGACCGGAAGUUUGCUCUCUCCAGACGAAUACACGACCCGCGCGAUCGUGGCACGAACAGCGCCGUGGCAUUUAAACAAAAAAAUUAUAUAUAUUAUAUCUUUCUCUCUCGCUCUCUUUCUCAAAACAUAUAAUCUCUGCAGCUCCACCGUGUGAUCCGUAGGUUUUGUGAACACACUUGACGCUUAUCUCUCUCCCGAUUGUGAUUGGAUGCUAUUCUCCAGGGGUUUUAUUUUUGUUUCGUUUCCGGACAUAUCCCCGCUCCCAACCCCCAAUUCCCUCCCUCACUCCUCCCCCCCCCCCCCCCCCCCCCAAACAAAUCUCUCCGUACAAGUCCUGCAAAUCUGCCCUCUGAAUGCAAGUUGGUAAAGGGCGCCUUCUGUAACUCUUAGGGACCCACUUCCCAGCGCUUUUUAAAGGGGGGAGCCUGUUCCAUUGACUCACCAUGCGGGUCCCUCCGUAGCGAUGGGCACACGUGCUCCUGCAGCCCCUUCACUGCCUGUUGGGAAGAGCAAUACACGACCAGUUUUGACACCACCCUUGUUUGCCCAGGUUCAGAAGCUCGGAGCUGACCCUGGGACCUCCGGUGCUAAUCACCAGCAGGGAUUCCAGCCUCUGCCUCUGCAACGUCCCCAUGGGUCAUUUCUUCAACACACAGCUGGCACAGUCGCUCGGUCCUCGAGUUCGACAGGUGCUGCGUGGCUUUGACAAUUGCAUGGUGAAGCAGAACAGACUUCCCCUUUUUAAAUAAUCAUUGCCUCUGAACCAUACCUCCACCACUAAUGAUUCAAAAAAAAAGAAAGAGUUGCUUUUCUGUUGCUCUCUCCCUCCCCUUCUGUCUCAGCCAGGUGCUGCACUCCCAACACGUUGCCACUGUUGGUCCAGUCCUGGGGUUGCACAGGAGCAGUUGAUCCGCCUUCUGUGCUUGUGCUCUCUUCGUUUCCUCGUCACUUUUCUUUCUGCAGCCUCUGGACUCUUGGGGUGAGAGUUGGGCAGGAGGGGUGGAGAGUUGGUGGUGGGGGUCGGGGUUGGGGGUGGGUGUAAAGGAUCCUGGGUGAAUGACCUGCAUGGUGUCAGUCAGGUUCAGUGAUGUCAUCGGAAGGUUUGCCUUCUCCAAGGAGUGCACCCCCAUUCUCACCCUUCCCCAUCCUGCUUCCCUUUAAUCCUGAAGGUGACAUGCUCUGGUCUGUGCAAAGCCACUGUCACAGUGGGGAAAGCAGCAGAAUUUUGACGAGGGUUGCCAUUUGUUCCGGCAGCUUGCUUGUUAGGUGCAACAGUUGACAAGAAGGGCAGGAAGAAUGACCUGAUUAGGCACAUUCCUGCAACUGAUGUACUGCAGGAGGACACAGUGCAUCUUUUCUGGGCUGUGUGUGUGUGUGUGUGUGUGUGUGUGUGUUUCCUUCUGUUAAUGUGCAGCCACCUACGUGUGAUCUGGGUCUGUGAGAGGGAGCCAUAAAAAGCAACUCUUGUUCCUCAUUGGCCCGAUGCAGACAUUUACCGUGUUUGUGUGCAGAGCAGAAAGUUCCACCAUGUGCGUGCACUAGUAAGCAGUGUGUGUGAGGGUUGUAUUCGGUCAUGUCAUCCUGAGGUUGACCAGCCUUCUGGCACUGACUGUACCUGUUCCCGUCCGUGCUGGAGGGCUGUUGUCAUCCCUCUGUUAGUGCCUUUGGCGGUGGGAAGGUUGUGAGAGAAACUGCAGAUUUUUUUUUGGGAUGGUGGGUGGGGAUAGAAAAGGAAUGGGAUUAGGGGAGGUGCGUUCAUAUGUCCUGUCUGGUAUUACAAAAUAUUAAAAAAAAUGAGGUUCUUUUAAUUUACCUGUAGCAUGAGAAAUGAUUUAGUAGUUUUGUGUAAUAAUUGCCUACCCUAAAACCAGUGUCUGAAAUUAGAGUUGGAAGAGAUGGGCAGGGCUAUUUGUAACUUAACCUGUAGCUAAGAUUCAAUAAAACUAAUCUGAAACAUU